AUCCACAAAAUCCUCUCCUCUCUCAAACAAAAAAAAAAAAAAAAAGAGAGAGAGCAAAACUUCCCUUCUCUUUACUCUCUCUAAUGGCUAAACUUCUCUCCCAAACCCUCACUCUCCGGCGAACACAGCUGAGCCUAAACCAGCUCCGGCGAUUCCGAUCGACUCUCUCCGGAAACGGCCGCCUGACCGAGAUAGAGCUAUCGCCGUCGUCUUCGGAGGGCGGCGAAUCGGAGGCGUUGAUGCUGAAGAAGCUCGACGACAUUGUGCACAGGUUCAUCGUCCAGAGGGCCACUCCCGAUUGGCUCCCCUUCCUCCCUGGCUACUCCUUCUGGGUCCCACCUCGCCGCGGCUCCAUGAAGUUCGCCGACUUUGUAGGCAAGAUCGCCGACCACCUCUCCGACGAGGAGUCACUCUCUCUCUGCUCCGAUCGCGGCUGGCCUUCCUCGAGGUUCUUCGUUGACGGCCAUGGAUUUGGGCAACUGGGUGCGGUGGAUGCGGAGGCAGAGGAAGCAGCAGAGAUGGAAUCGGAAGUAGAAGAAGAGGUUUUGACUGAUUCAGAGGACUCGCAUCCCUUUGCGGAUAAGGAAGGAUGAUUCACGCCUCUAUUUAGCAGCCAAGUUGCUGUUGAGAUCGCUUCUCUCCAGGUAAUCGAAAGUUUGAAAAGGACGGGAGAUCUUGGUUAGAAUUGGCAAGCGAACAAUAGGAUGUCCUGCGUCCAUCGCGGUUGCUUGGGGUGGGAAAUAUGCUUUUCAUUAGCUCCUUUCCAAUUGAAAAUCCACCCUGUUAAAUUAGAUUAACCUUGCUGAUCUAUGUUAUUUAUGCUGUUUGUGAGCAAAUCAUAAUAUAAUUAUCAAUCCAUGUAUAUUUUUAACACUCAUAAGCUUUAUCUCUCUUCGUUUUCACUUUUCCUAGAGAUAAUUAUCGCUUCAUAUAUGUGAUU